AUGCUUAAUAAAGAUAAUGAUAACAUCAUAUGCAACAAUAAUCGGCGAAAAGAAUUUUUUGAAAAAUGUCGACAGUUUUUACAAACAGCGUCAUUAGAAUUAAAAAAGAGGUACAACAUGGAGGAUCCAAUUUUAAUGCAAUUCCACAUGCACAAAAUUCACUGCUUUGAAACAAAAAAAUGCAUUGUCAUUAGAGUUUAG